CCCAUCUCCACAAAAAUACAUUCCUUCUCUCUCUCUCUCUCUCUCUCUCUCUGGUCUGGUCUGGUGGUUGGCACUUCAAUUUUUCUCCCCCAAGUCCUAGCUAUACCAACCACCGGCGCCGCCGCCAGCAACCCUUCUGAAAGGAGAAGACUUUCCCUCUUUCACAGAGCUCACACUCACAAUGCAGCAGCAGACGAGGACGGUCCAAGUAAAGCAACUGUCAGAUCUAGCUAGCGAGAGAGAGAUUCACGAGUUCUUCUCCUUCUCUGGGGAAAUCGAACGCAUUCAGAUCCAACGUGAGCCCGGGAAAUCAAAGACUGCAUUUGUUACUUUCAAGGAUCCCAAAGCUCUUGAAAUCGCAUUGUUGUUAUCGGGAGCAACGAUAGUAGAUCAGAUCGUGACUAUUUCUCCUGUUCAAAAUUAUGUACCAAUUGAGAUGCAGGAGGUUAGGAUGGUCGUAAGUGCUGAUUCUGUUGCUCCUGCUGAAAAUAUUUCACCAGAUGCUGAGGAUAAAACUGGCUCCCCUACCAGGGUGUAUGUUAAUAAAGCACAAGAUGUGGUGACCACUAUGUUUGCAAAGGGUUCGGCUAUUGGACAAGAUGCCGUGAACAAGGCUAAAGCAUUUGAUGAAAAGCAUCGGUUGACAGCAAGUGCAUCAGAGAAGGUCAUUUCCUUUGACAGGAAAGUGGGGCUUACAGAGAAAUUGACAGUAGGCAUUUCUGUGGUUAAUGAGAAAGUGAAGUCUGUUGAUCAGAGGCUUCAUGUCUCAGAUAAAACAAUGGCAGCAAUAUUUGCAGCAGAGAGAAAAUUGAAUGAUACGGGGUCAGCUGUCAAAACAAGCAGGUAUGUGACUGCUGGAGCAGCGUGGCUAAAUGGUGCUUUUGGUAAGGUGGCAAAGGCAGGACAGGUUGCAGGUACAAAAACCAGAGAAAAGUUCCAUAUGGCUGUCUCAAACUUGACGGCAAAGGAUCCAAUUGCUGCGUAAGCCAAAGGUUUCAGGUGGGAGAAACAAACCUCGAUGCACAUUCUUUCAUGAACACACUCAACAACCAUGUUGCGCUGGUGAUCAGUUUGAGGACGGGGUUAAAUUGAAAACAGGUUGCAGGUUUGGUAAAGAUUUGGAUGAAUCGCUUUGUGAUUCGCUCGUUAUGGUGUGAUGUGUGCACUCAAGUUUUGCGUUCAUUCUUUUCGUUCUUUAUAUCAUUCGAUUCGUAGUGUAUUGCCUGUGGCUAUGUGUAAUUUUUCUGUCAAGUUUUGUUGAGUGGAAGAACAUAUAUAAAAGAGAAGAAAAGGUAUUUGAUUGAACAGAAAGAAAUCAGAAUUGUCAGAAAAUGUUGUUGGCAGAGA